UACCCAAGCAUCACCGAAGUCCUUUGUUGAUGGUGAUUCACAAAACCUCACUCAGACAUUGUUUGGGUAAAUUGCUACAACAAUAUCAUUUAUUUUCGCCUUUGCUGGGAUUGUGUUGAGGAAGGAUGUAGAGAGAUUCUCGCAGGGACAUUUUAAACCAGCUGUUUGCCGCUGGGAUAAAAUAGAGGCAGACCCGUCAAAGGUAAAGGCGACAGUCAAAAUAGCCCAUGAUAGCACACCCUAUCCCGUACGACUGCCAGACGAGCGAUCAAUAGAGCAAAGCCAACAUUUCGUUUAUGCAGUUUGUGUGCUAAAGUCCGAUAUAAUGCAGUUUUUUCUAUGGCUAUGCUGGGAGAUAAUCCCCGUUCUGCGAAGGAGAUGAAAGCUUUCUCUAGCGGUGGGUGAAACGGUUUGCCAACAACAACGCGUUUUGUUCUCCGUCUAUCAAUUCACUUAUGGUGGAUUCGUUGGUAUAUUUCUGCAAUUUGAAUGAAAAAAAGGCAUAUGUUGUGAUUUGGAGAAACGACGGUUUCCACUCUACACAGCAUCAUGUCCAUAAAAUAUCCCCUCUCAUCUCACGGACCCUCAGCAGGCAGUUUUCUCUCUGUCCUCUGCCUUUUGGCCGUCUCUAUACUGCCUGGAGCACAAGCCUCUUACCCUGAGAGCAGCGAAUGUGUCUCAGGAAAAGGCAAGGGCUGCUUAGAUUUGUCUGAGAAGAAGAGUGACCUGAGAGUGUGUGAUGCUGCAACAUGCCGUUACGGGGGGACCUGUCAAGAGAAUGGGGCUGACCUGAAAUGUGUCUGCCAGUUCCAUUGCUCUAAGAAGUACAUCCCUGUUUGUGGGUCCAAUGGAGACACCUAUCAGAACGAGUGCUUCUUGAGGAGAGCAGCGUGCAAGCAGCAGAAGUCCAUAUCACAGGUCUCUGAAGGGGCCUGCUAUACAGAUGGCAGUUCUGGAUCAGGCGACGGAGAUGAUGAAGGAUCAGGCACAGGCAGAAGGAAAAAGCCCACAAAAUGCGUCAACUGCAAGUUUGGAGCAGAAUGCGAUGUGGACUCUGAGGAUGUAUUGUGUAUGUGUAACAUUGACUGCAGUGGCCAUAAUGACAACCCGGUGUGUGGAACAGAUGGUAAAUCCUACAUUACCCCCUGUCACGUAAGAGAGGCUUCGUGCUUGAAGCAGGUGAAGAUUGAUGUGAAGCAUCUAGGGAGGUGUCCAGAAAAGGGGAAGAAGAAAGACGAAGACGAUGGUAGCAACAGCAAGACUGAUCUUUUUGACACGGCAGACAUAGGGGAGGAUAGAGCUUAUGGAGGGAUCCCCACCCUCUGCACAGAGGACUACGCCAACUUCUGUGAACACGGCCAAUGUGAAAUCAAGUAUAGCAUCCCCACCUGCCGGUGUGACUCGGGCUACACUGGCCAGCAGUGUGAGGAGAUCCAAGACUUCAACAUCCUGUACGUGGUGCCCAGUGGACAGAAACUCCACUAUGUUCUCAUAGCAGCCGUCAUCGGAGCCGUACAGAUCGCCAUUAUCGUUGCCGUUGUCAUGUGUUUCACAAGGAGGUGUCCCAAAACCCAGAGGGGACGAAGACAACAGCAACACCUUGGACACUUUCCCUCCGGGACUUCAUCCAGGAUGAUGUAGCUGUUUUUUAAAUGCAUUUUUGCACCACAUGGAUCACAUUUUAAUAUCUGUUGUUUUGUCUCCUUUAUUUUGAAUGGAUGUUUAUUUAUUUAUUUUCUCUAAUGGGGCCUUGUUUUUCUCUCCCUUCUGGACAUAUGCAGCUCUUGCUGCUUUUUGUCAGACUGCUGCAUUAUUUCUUUUCUCAGACGGGCAGAAAAAGGACAGCCAUUCUACCCUGAUCAUCCAUUGUUUGCAAGGUGGUAGUGGUAGCUUUAGAUAUACAAACCUUGGACACCUAGGGACCGGACUCAUGCUAUUUAUCAGCGGCACCGACUUUGUCUCAGUACCUUUUCUUUUUUUUUACGAAAUACAACUAUAUACCAAAUGCAGUUUUCUAUAAAUGAGGUAUAAGCUGAUGUGUACAGUUUGUUUUGGUUAUUUUUCAAUAUACCAUUUAGGGGAUGGAACACUUUUUUGGACUAGGUACUAAUUUAAAUGUUUUUAUAUAUAAUUUGUUUGUUGUUUAUGUUCUAAUGUUGUUUGUAUUAUUGCUAAUGAAAUAGUUGUAAACAGAUUUUAUUGUAGAUCUUGCAUAUAGCAUGAGCUGUGAAAAUGUGUUUAGUGAUGUAGUUUUAGUAUAAUUAAAUUAUCUGUGUUUCAAACGCUCGUGUUGCCUUCAUAUUAUUAUGACUAGUUCAAUGACAGAGCCAAAAUAAUUUUCAGAGAAUAAUUUAUCACAAUGUUAAAAUUGUUAUGGAAGAAAAGGCGUAUUCAUAUGAUGUUAUUGUAAAAAUAAAUACACUGGUUUUAUUGCA